UUCAAAUCUGCCCAGUGACGGAGACAUUUCCUCCAAAAUGUGGUAUAGUUUUGCACAUAAUUUGUAAAUUUCGUGCAAUUUCGUUCCCACAUUACGAAAUAAAUUCACAUCAUAAUCAGUGCACGAUUCGUAACAGUGCACCUGCACUGCAGCAGAAUCAUGAAUAUCAUAUUUAAACCUAGGAAUUUAUUUGUUGUUGUGGGUUCAUGAAUACAGAAACAUUUGGCCAUUUAAAAUUUUCAGCAUGAAUACUUCUACAUCCUGUCCCGACCUUCCACUCCAGUCAGGUUGUCCGUCCCAUUGGAAUCGAGAUUUUAUAUUAUUCUACUCCGUCCACAUUUUCGCCCUGGUGACAUCCACGAUCUCUUUUUUGGCUUGUGUCACAGUGAUUCUGAACGUGAUUCGGAACAAGUUGUGCGAAUCGAGGAAAAACGUGGUGGACAGAUUUCCACUCUACAUUGCAGUAAAUGACGCCUUAUUUUGUACCAUGCAUGGCAUCGACCAACUAAUUUUACUCGUGACGGAAGUAUACCCGGCGAAAUGGGUGGUUUUCGUGUUGGGAAGUUCUACAAUGUUUCUGUAUUGGUAUCAGCAAGUAAUGUACGCCUCGAUAGCGAUUUACACAUAUAUGGAUGUCUCCUGUCGAAAACAGAUCUCCACGGGUCGGCUGGAUUGGAAGUUGCACACCAUAUCCGCCUCAUUGGCGGGGGUAGCGGUCACCAUUUUAUACUUCUUGGAUGGCAUUGGAAUCUCGAGAUUUUGGAUGGGCGGCCAUGAAUCCAACCCAACGACCGGAAUUUAUUUCAUCUUGGGCUCCCUCCUCUUCACCACGACACAAGCAAUCUGCACAAUUUCCGCUUACUCUGCGAUACGACGGAUCGUACUAAAUUAUAAAAACGGGCUGGAAAUUGGUCAAGUUUCAAACUCUUAUCACGACACGGCAGCCCAGUGUUUGUUAACGUUUGUAAAAAUCGGUGUCAUUUUGUACCUCCCGGCCGCCCUACUUUUCUGGAUGAUUGCACUUGACAACGUUCUUGGCGAAAGGUUAAAACAAGUCGAGCCAUUUUACGAUUUCGGGAUAUUCCUCAUGGUUUUGGUUUACAAUGCGGGCGGAUUUGUGAACACAGUUGGAUACUUUUCUAAUCAAAGGAUCAAACGAGACAGAAGGAGAGAAAGCGAGUUGGCAAAGCUAAAUGCGUAAUAUUUCCGUAAAUGUUGUAGAAAGUUACAUAAUAAAAUUAAAAUACAAUUUUCUUCUCAAAA